AUGGAGGCUCUCGCGCCUAGAUCUCGACAACGGUGGCUUAUAGGGUCCUUGAGGACGGGUCUCUGUGCCGGCGGUGUUGUGCUUCUGCGGUUUCCUCUUGACAGGUUUGCGUGGCUCUACAUCGGGCUCCUGGAACCGGAUGGAGGUCAGAGCUCCUUCUUUCCGGUGAGAUCUGUUUUCUCUGGUUUUAGCUUCCGUGUGGCUCCAUUUUCACCUCCGUUUGUGUGGAAAUUUCGAUUUUUCUGUGCUUUUGGAGGAGAUAGUAAGGCUAUUGGUUCCAUGAUGCUGCUGGGCUCUGUGCUUGCCGACUUCGGGGAAUGGACUUGGAAGAGUGAGUGA